UGCCAGGGCGUUACUUGCUCCUAGCCCUGCUGUUCGUUGGCAACACAAUUCUCUCAACACACAAGUUUGACCUCGGCAUUGCGAUUUUGGCCAUGACUAACCAGGUUCCCGCCACAGACAAAGCGGCCAGUCUGGUACCCGGUGAUUCCUGGCUCCAGCAUGACAAUGACACAAGACAGUUCAAUGCUUCUGGCACUGCAACAGCAACAGUCAACAGCAGUGUGGAAACUGAAGACAAUGCCCUCUUCACCACCACACCUGCAGUUUCACUGGAGGAGAAAAGCACAGGAGCACCUACAUUCUCGUGGUCACCUUCAGUGCAAGGUGUCAUCCUGGGUGCAUACUUCUACGGAGUAAUUAUGCCGCAGGUUCUGGGUGGUCGUCUGGCAGAGCGCUUCAGUGCCAAGUGGACCCUGCUGGCAGGGCUGCUUGCUUCCUCGGCACUGACAUCGGCAACACCAUGGAUAGCCACGUUAGGUGUCGCACCUCUGGUUGCACAUCGGAUACUCCUGGGAUUUGUGCACGGUCUGAGUAUGCCCUCAUCGGUUGCCCUGGUGGCCCGGUGGGCGCCCCGACGGGAGCGGUCAACCUUUGUAGCAGUGGUGUUCUGUGGCCGGUACAUGGGCAUCGUGGUGGCCACCCUGCUCUUCGGUCACCUCUCCUCCAUGUCAGUGGCUGGAGGGUGGCCCUUUGCCUUCUACAUGUCUGGGCUACUGGGUUUCCUGUGGCUAGCCCUGUGGUACUUCCUGGCCUUUGACGAUCCUGCUCGUGACCCAAAGGUGUCUGCUGCAGAGCUUCACAAUAUACAGGGAGGGAAUGGAGGUGGACCACUCAGGGCCAGCACAGCGAAGCGGCCACUGCCAUGGCGAGCUGUGUUCACGUCUGCACCUGUGUGGGCCCUGGUGGCAGCCCGGUUUUCCAACCUGUGGGUCUCCAUGCUACUGUUCACGAAGCUGCCAGCGUAUGUCGAAGGCGUCCUCGGGAUGUCCCUGCGUCAGAAUGCCAACUUCAGCGCACUCGUGUUUGCCUUCACCAUCGUGUCAAUGCUGGGCUCCGGCGUGAUCGCAGACUGUCUGCUUCGUUGCGGCCUCCAGACUACACUUGUCCGGAAAGCAUUUCAGCUCACUGCCAACUUUGGCCCCGCGCUGUGCCUUCUGUGUCUGACCAUGGCCGGAGCGAACCGAUGGCUCGUGCUGUUCCUGCUGAUCAUCGGCAAGGUCACACUGGGUGCCUUCACGGCCGGCAAUGCGGCUGCAGUGGUUGACUUGGCUCCAAUGUACUCUGCUACCCUUAAUGGGAUGAUUACAACAUUUGGACAAACCACAGGAGUGCUGGCUCCUUUGGUUGCUGGGCUGCUGUCAUCCUCUGCAAAAGGCGAUAAGGUGACGCAGUGGACGCACAUCUUCUACCUUGCAGCCGCCGUAAGCUUUGCUGGUGGUGUUGUGUUUGCCAUCUUCGGCUCAGCCGAGCGGCAACCUUGGGCCGACCCCAGUGGCAUGGCCAACACCAAACAACAACAGUCAAUCCCGCCAUCGAACUCUGGUGACCCGGUGGCAUCUGCAGAGGAUGGUGUCAUCAUUGCAGCCAGCACAGCACUUCUUGGUACACCAGCAUCACCGGACACAGCAGAGAUGUCAGCCGCCAAGAAGCUUUGACGCUAGUGAGGUUUUUGGAGACUGCUUCUUUGGUGUAGUUGGCAUUGCGCUGAGACUGCUUAGCUUUGGUUUGACGGCAGCAGAAGUGAUUGACGCUGAAGAACACAAUGCACAGAUGUGUGAAGAACAACUUCCAUUUGUGCUUGUAACGCAAAUGGAUACGAAGUUAUUGACUAAGGUCGGUUAAGUCAAAUGGUGCAUUCGACUUAUCAGUUUUGACCGCCCUGAGCAUUCCGGUGAUGAGAUUUACAUUCGGCUGAUCGAAAUUGAGCACUCAAAACACAUUUGUGUGGUUCAUCCAUUGUGCCACACUCUGGUUCAAAACAGUUAGAUGCAUUCUCACCUUCAAGCUGGGAUUGCAACCAGAAUUCGACAGAAUUCCAACCACUUAGCUCCUCUUCUGAUUGCUCUGGGAACAGCUGAACGUUUGGCCUGGACAGACUUUCUGUGGCUCCUAUCUUGAGAGAUCUCAAUAAUACCGAGCUCUGUAAGAACCAGUCAAAUGCACUACAUGAAAGACAAGCACAGCGCUCUGGGCACGGCCUUUCUGUCACAUUGUUUUUUCGUGUGCCGUUCAUGGCCGGCUCUGAAUAACCAACUUGCUCAGGCUUUGACUUUGUAUAGAAAGUGAGUGCAGGUGUCACAAAGUGCCUUGUCUUCCCAAACUCCUGCACAUGCCAAGCUGCUGCGAGUUAACAAUCAUUGUAUACAUAUGCCUAGGGGUGUCGCAUGUUGCUGCCGUCUUUAGACUGGCUGCCAAAAGGAAAGGCUUGAUGUCGUACAAGGUGUGGACUAGGUGUGAAAUGAGAAAAAUUUUGGGGGGGAAAACGUGCACUUCUGGGACUGUCAUACUUUCGGACGGACUAGUCAUUAAUAUAUGCAGCUAAAGCUGAACUUUGUGCUGGUUGGUGACACGAUACUGGAGUUCUUGAAAGCAGCUUAUAAAGGGCUUGGAAAUCUGAAAGGGGCACACUGCAAGUUCUGUGGAUUCUGGGUCUUUGUAUUAGGAGUCACUUCCAGUGGCCCAGGAAAGCAGUCCAGGGCACGUGUUUGUAUUGUUCUAUUUUUUUUUUUGUUCUUUUUUUUCUCUCUCUCAUUCACCUUUUCUCGUCGUACGCUGCAGUGACUAGCUUAUGCCAGUCAUGAUGGCAGAGCAGUAGCAUCCAAUCCGAUGAUAAAGAAAAAAGAUUAAUUAAAUAGUGUAGUGGAUCCGAUUCC